AUGCUCGACACUUUGGACAUCGCCGCUCACGUGGUCGAAAUGGAGGCAGCAGGCAAGAAGAAGCUUCCCAACGAGAAGCUGGAAAAGGUCAUGGGACGAGGGUCGCCCCACGCGGAGAAGAGCUUGUGCACCGUGGAGCUCGACCAGGAUCUGAAGCAGGUGGUUGACAAUAUCUCCGGCAACCAUCGGCGGGCGCUGGUCCUGGAAGAUGGCAAGCCGCUGAGCAUUAUUACGCACUCCACGAUCAUCGCUUUCAUGAACAGCAAGCUCUCUGAACUCGAG